UCUAAUGUCAGCAGCUUAUUGUGGACACUUAGACAUUAUAGAAUUUUUACUAAGUUUGGGGGCCAACAAGGAAACAAGAGAAAAAUCUGGUCUUACAGCUGCUCAAUUGGCUCUAAAAAAGAAUUAUUUAAAUAUAGUUGCUUUAUUGAAAAAGAAAACAGCCAAUAUUGGUGAUAAUAUACAAGUUCAAUCAAACCAAGACACAGGAUUUUACUGCGAAAUUUGCAAAAUCAGUUUUCAUCAGACAACUUGGAAAAAGCACGAGACAUCUACACUUCAUAUUUUUAAUACAAAACCUAAACUGCCAAAUGCUAUGUAUGGCAUAUCAAGACAAAAUAAAGGUUAUCAAAUACUUCUCAACUCUGGAUGGGAUGAUCAAGCUGGUCUUGGUCCAUCAGGAAAAGGAAUAAAAUAUCCUAUUAAAACAUGUCUGAAAACUGAUAGGAAGGGAUUAGAAGUUUUGUUACAGAUGAAAUUUGAUCAACAGAAGGCAUUAAAGCAUAUACAGCAGGUAGAAGAAAAAGCAAGUGAGAUUCUCACAGAUCGACAAGAAAUAGUUGCUUUGGACAAAAGAAGAAAUGAUGAUAGAGUUGGAAUGAGAGCAUUACAGAAGGAAAAAUGUAAUAAAACAUGGGUGACUGUUGGACCAUUAUUGCUGAAAUUACCAUCCAAAAGUGUAGAAGAAUUACUCAUGAAAGAUCAAAAAGAAUGUGAUAUUGAAAUCAACAAAUUAAGAAGUGAUUUAAAAGUUAAAGUAAAUGAAUUACGAGACUUAGAACUUAAUCCACCUGUUCCAGGUUUGAUGUUACAACCUAUGUCUCAUAAAGAAAUGUCAGCAAUAAAGCAAACCUUGGGUCAAAAUUCGUAAAAGUAUUUAAAUUCACUCUGUUAAUGUAAAAAAAACAUUUACUGAUAUUGUACGAACAUGUGAUCAAUCAAUUUAUUUCUGACUUUCUCCUGGUGAAAAUGAAUCUAAGCACGACAUAAAUCGGUUGAUCGGUUGACGACAUAGAUCGGUAGAAGUUUUUUCUUUAAACAAAGACACUUUAUUUCUCAAAAUAUUGAUUUGCU